AUGAAUUUUUCAUUUUUUAAUUAUAUAAUUUUUUUAUAUUCAUUUAUUCAAGUAACUUUUUCAUGUGCACCAUUUAAUUGUCCAAAAUAUUCUAAUGAUGUUACAAUUACUUUUACUAUUGAACCACGUUUAUCAAUAACUUAUACUCCUGGUAAAAAAUAUCACUCAGAUCAACAUUCUUCUAAAAAGGAACUUGCAAAAUUUUUAAAAGAAAUUAUUGAUAAUGCUGUUCAAGAUUUAAGAAAUAAACAUAAAGUAAAUGCUCAUCAACUUAUUGUUGGUACAAGUGUUAACGAAAAACAAUCUAAUCUUUUAAAUGUAACUAUCAUAGAUAAUGAAUGUCUUUAUGAUUGUAAUUAUCGAAAAAGUUAUGCACCCGCUGGAUCUUAUUUCAUGGAUGGAAAUAUAAUUAAAAAAAGAUUAGAAGAUGGUAUUUGUUUAAAUGGAGAAAUUGUUCAUGAAAAAGCUGUAAAUGCUAUAUCAACAAUUGUUUUUAAUGUAAGUGUUAGGCCUCUUGAUAAAAGAGUUUUUUGUGUUACACAUUGGAAUAUUUUUGCUGAUACAGUUCAACAAAGAAUGAUAAGAGGAUCCAGAGGAAAUUUUAUUGGUAAAUAUAAACUUGCAAAACAGUAG